AUGGUGUCGGCAGGAUUGGCUGUGAUAGCUAUGGUCCUUGGCAUUGCUGAUGUUCUUCAUGCCUUUGCUAUUAUGGAAAAAGAAGAUGUGUUCAAGAAGAAUCCUUGCCCAGCUUUCUUGAUGUUUGAGAAUGCUGCUUACUUGGCUGAUAUGAGUUUUGAAUUGCCCUGUAAAUGUAAGCCAGAGGAAAUAACCACUGUAGUUUGGUACUUUCAAAAAAGCAUGGGCAGUCAGCAAACUAAGGUCUUGACAGAUUUUGAUGGCACUUUGAUAGUAGACUCACGCCACAUCAAGGUAGGCAGUGACAUGCUUCGUCGUUUCAGCAUUAGGAUGUUUAGUCUCAUUGUCUUCCGGAUUCAAGUAGAAGAUUCAGGGCAUUAUAUCUGUGGUACAAAGAAAGGGGAUUUCUUCUACGGUUAUGAUAUAGAUGUACAGCCUUCAAGGAGAAUAGCUGUCGCCUUUGCAGAUGAGGGUCAGCAUCCACAGAAUGACCUCCAUGAAGCAAAUUUCACAGUCCUCACCAUUUUCUGGGACUGGACUAAGUGCAACCGCUGUGAUGUCAGAGGUGAGCAACGAAGAAUUGGGCUUUGCUACAUAAAGAGUCCUUCUCUCUUCAGGCGGUACCACACCACUAUAGAAGAGGUGGCAUCUUGUGGCUCAAAAUCAAUCCCAAAGAAUUUCUUUCAUGGUAUUCAGAUGAGAAAGCCUGAAGUUGUUAUACGAAGUUGCAUGGUAUCUUGUAAGAGGAAGAUACCUUCAAAUGAAGGAGAAGCACCAAUUUCAAACAUUAUCUCAAAGCUUGGAGAAAAACCUUGGAUUUCCAAUAUCCCUAUUCAAUUCCACAAGCAGUCCCUUGGCAGAGGUUUGAUCAUUGCUUGCCCUGAUUCUAGGCCAGAACAUGCUGUUGCUUGGGAUAAAGAUUCAACAAGAUUAUAUCUCAAUAGGUUUCUCACUGGGGUUAAUAAGACCAUGAGGGUCUUCAUUGACCAUGGAAAUCACCUCCACAUUCGUUUUACCCAGAUGAAUGACAAAGGUAUUUAUUAUUGUUGGCGAGAAGGAGAAAUAGUUGCUGGAUUCCGGCUAUCUGUAGUAUAUGAAAGUCGCCACAGACGAAGUCUUGAUGAUCCUGAAAGUCAGUAUGCUAUUAAGGCUAUUAUCACAAGCUAUGUGCUCAUCAUCAUCUUCUUUAUCAUCAUUCACAUUGUUUGCUGUUGCCUCUAUGUGUUGAAAUGUACAGCUAUGGAAUAG